UAGUAUGCAAUUAAGUGGAGGUGAGGGUGCAUUUCAACAAACUGUUGAAACAAUCUCAACAUCACAUUUAUUUCACGUGUUUUUUGUUUUGUUUUUCACACAUAUUUACGUGAAACACGUGAAGAACGCCCACUGUUCACCUGUUUGUGCAAUUUGGGCCUCCAUAACCCUAACAAACCUAUACACUAUUUCCCGUGUUUCACGUCACGUGAAAUACAGCCUGUGUAAAUUGUUUGUACAGCCGCACACAGUUCACGUGUCCGUGCGCUUUUCACACGUCACGUGAACUGUAGGCAAAGUGUUUAAAAAGCACAUGAAGCUCGCGUGUUUGUUGGUACGUGUUUUCACACGUGAUAUCUUGAACAUGUGACGUGUCUAGAUAUAUUCACACCGCCACCAUGUGAAUUAUAUGUGAAGGGUCUUUAAGAGAAAACGUCCCCACUUUAUACGUGAGACGUGUGAUUGCUGACACGUGAAGUUCGAUCACACACACACACACACACACACACACACACACACUCAACUCAGGUGAUUUGCGGGUGCAGCACGCCGCUGUCUGGCCGCUGACGGAGAGCAGAAACACCUCACGACACGCCCACGCCGAGGUCACGUGCUCCGGCUGUCGGUGUUGUCGCGUCCGGCGGUGGUUGCUGUCGCGGUCGCCUCCUCGCUCGCGCCUCGCCGGUCCCCGCUCGCGCUCCCAUCGGACAUGUUCCUGAUCCGGCAUGUGCGCGUGGCUCUAAUGGCCGCCGCUGCCGCCUUCGGUGCCGCCGUGUUUAUGGCCUUCAACCUUUUCUACAAGAGGCGAGUGUGGAGCCCAGAAGACUACUGCGCCUUUAAAGAGGAGGAAGAGGAGCGCCGACAGAAGCAGGUCCUCGUCCUGGGCUUAGACGGCGCCGGGAAAAGCAGCGUCCUGCAGCAGCUGAAUGGAGCAGAUAGCAAAAGAAAGUGCGCCCCAACGCGUGGCUUCAACUUCAUCCGCCUCCACACGCCGGGCUGCGAAUUCGACUUCCUAGAAAUCGGAGGCGGCGAGGACUUGCGUGCGUACUGGGCUGAUUUUCUGAAGAGAGCACACGUUUUGUUGUACGUAGUGGAUUCCUCGGAUAGAACUCGACUCCCAUUGGCUAAAGAUGAACUUCAUCGACUUCUCAGCAUCGACACACAACUUCCGGUUGUAGUUCUGGGAAACAAACAGGACAAGCUGGACGCAGUCGGCGUAUUGGAGCUGCGUGACGCUCUCUCUCUGGGCUCACUGCCGGAUCACAGGAAGCUCCUCCUUCUCCAGCUCAGCUCUGUGGGAGAAUCAGUGUCCUGCAGUCUCCAGAACCUUCAGGAUCUGCUCAUCAAACUGGAAUCUGAUCAAAACUAGAACGCUAACGCCAUAAAAGGGAUCUUUCAGAUAACGAUGAAGUCUCAGGAUGAAAAAGCUUGAUACAAUCAAAGUGAGAACUUGCUGUUUCAUGAAGCAGGUUUGGAAGGUCACAUCAUUUUUACUGCUCCAUAAAACAAUACUAUAAUCUAGUAUAUUCAGCGUAACCUGUGUGUGUGUGUGUGUGUGUGGGGAACUGGGAAAACCCAUAGGAUGGACCAGGAUAAAAAUGGUCACAUGGGCAUUUUAGAAGUAAGAAAACCUCUAAUCAGCUUGGUCGACUUCUUAAUGAAUAUUCAUGCUUUGUUCAUGUUUCUGCGAUUUGCUAGUGUUCCUUUAAUUGACAGCAGUUUGUGGAACACCUGACCAUAAGGUGCUUUUUCACCAUCCCUUUCUCCAUUUCUCACCUCCACUCUUCUGGGAAGAUGUUCCACUAGAUUUUGUGGAAUUUCAUUCACAAGCCACAAGGAUGUGCGUUAGUAAAGCCAGGGACUGAUGCGUGUGAGAAAGCGAGGAUGAUGUCAGCAUUUACAUUCAAUAGGGUUGGAGCUCUGCAGCAGAUGAUCUUCUACACACUUCCAACCCGUGGAUCUUCAUUGAGCUGUGCACAGGGGUUUUGAGACGCUUAAGCAGGUCUGGGUCUCGUAGUCGCAUGCUACGCUACGGGAAAGUUGGGUGUCCCAAUAGUUUUGGCGUAUGUGUACUAAAUAUGGUCAGUUUUGAUGGGUUUUCCCAGAGUUCCACACAAACUCCAAACAUGUUACGUAUCCAGGUUUGGGAUACAAACGUUUACCUGCAUAACCGUCUUUAUCGUUGCACGUAUUUUUAUUCUGCACGAAUUCUGUGUUUUUGACAUUCAAUACCUCAGAUAUCUUUAUAGCCUUCGCCUGAACCAGUCGCACAAUUGUACAAACACGCUUUUACUGUGUAAUCUAGAACGACUCGAUGUUUACCUUUCCAUAGACGGUACUACUGAUUUAUAGAAACGCUGCAGUAUUGACCUACUGAUAUUCUAGUUCAUGUUUAACCAGCUGCCGGGGCCAAGAACCUGGUGAACAGCUGGACGACUCGUCACUGUUGUCGUCGUCGUCGUCCGUAUUUUGUGUGUGAUUUUUAUAUUGUGUGGAGGUGUGUAUAUAGUGAACACUGGUGUAUUAGGAUGCAAUAUAUUUUUGGACUGAAAUGAUUCCAGCUGAAGAGAUCAUCUGUUGUAGCUCAUCAGUUUCUCAAACUAUUAAACUAUUCUUCUGAAA